UCACUCCCUCUUCUCUAUAAUAAGCCUAUGAGCAACCAUGGAGAAACUUCAGGGUCCAUUUGAUAGCUGGCAAAUAUAAGAGUUUGCUACUAAAGACAGAGUCAGAUUGAUUCAGACUCUUGUGUAUAAAGGAAACGGCAUUUUCUUCAUAAACCGAUUCCUGUAGUGAGAAAGCAAACCUUAAGCUGUGCUUUUAGACGGUUCGGAUCAUCAUGCCUGUCGACCUGUGCUUAGAGGCACGAGGAGUGUGUCUGGACUUGGGAAAGAAGAUCAGCGUUCCUCAGGAUAUAAUGAUGGAGGAGUUGAACCUGGUCGCAAACAGGGGGUCCAGAAUGUUCCAAGAGAGACAAAAGAGAACCGAGAAGUUCACGCUGGAAGGUGCCGGAAAACAAGCCGACAACCAAAGCCAGACAUCAUGUCAUCAGGCUACAAAAGAAAUAACAGACAAAGCUCACGGCAGCACAAAGGUCAACCCACCAAAGAGAAACAACCCGCUGGCUACACUCCGUCACAGCGGAGCCAAAAAGGGAAGUCCGAGCGUUCUCGCACCAGGAUAUUCCGAGCCUCUGAAAGAGAUUCCUCCUGAGAAAUUCAACGUUACUGUAAUCCCCAAGUCGUACUGCUCGCCAUGGGAAGAACAGAAUGACAGUGAAAGCAUGCUGGCUAACAUUAGCUCCCAUCUGCCCGAACCUCCUCAGCAACUCAUCCCUGCUAACUACAGAUGCUUCAACAGAGCGCCGAUGCCGUUUGGAGGGACGCCAGGUGGCACCCGGACCCUGCCUCUGCCUGGAUUUGAACUCAUGCAGGCCUACACGGAGCCCAGACUCACCUGGGAGAGGAUAUGUGCCAGGCCCAACUUUAACCGCAUACCGAGAGGCUGGAGAGCUUAACGCAGGACUGACACCAUUAAAGUGGUGAAGAGCUGCAUUUCGAUCAUGACACACACACACCAUCAGCAUCAGCAUGCUUGGAAUGUCAUCAAAUCAACUGCAAACUGAGCCAAUAAAACCGAGUACUUUCUACUCAAGCUUUAGAGUUAGAUACAAAUGUACAGAGAGCAGGAUUAGGAAGGAAUUUUGACAUCACAAGUCAAUCAAUAUAAACAAUACAUAUUUGUUCAAUCUUGUUAUGUCUCUUAUUUGACAAAUCCGUUCUUGGUACCGAUCCUUUGUUGUUUUGUUUGGUAAACGGGGACUAAAAGAGCAGUCAGCAAUGGCCUCAUGUGGUAUUUAUUGGUCACUGCAGAUUUCUUCGCUUGUUUACACAGAACUGUAAAAAGAAAAACUCCACAUUUCUUCCAAUUAAAAAAAAAAAAAAUCCUCUCUGCAUUUUGAAACCUCCGAUUCCAAAUAUAAAAGCAUUAC